AAUAAAAACUUUGAAUCAUUAUUACCCUAAAAUCGUACACGCAGAAGACGAAGUGGCACAAAUCAAUUGCUUAAAACCGAGGGUUUCCCUAUCGGAAGAUAGUGGGUUCAAAUCCUCUCAAUAUCGCUAAAAGUUACUGGUUCUUGUCAUACGAUCGACAAGGCAACGUGUGGAAAAGCAAAUUUUCAUCUAGGUAAUUACCAUUUCACUGUAGUCUCUCCAGAAAGCAUAAAUAUUAGUUAUUGUUUAAAUUAACAACUUAUGAAAGCGACUCUGGAAAUAGGAAGCUUAUGAAUUUGAACGCAACAAAUCUUUUACCAGUCUUGUGUUUUAGAAAAACACAAAUUCGGUUUCUCCGCAAGUACUUCUCCUUGCCUGAUUUAAUCUCAUGUCCUAAACAAAUCCGUUCGAAGCCAAGGGAAUUCGAACUCGAGACCUUGGGAAAAUAUAAACAAAGAAUUAAGACCUAGAUUACGACCAUGCCAAACAUGACAAAUGCUUCCGGCGUGUCUGAAAAUACAAUGGCCAUAACUGUAGUAGAGUCCAACGGAACGCCUUCUAAAGCGACUUCCGUUGAAAUCGAAGCUUCUGAGUCGCCGCCUCUUAAAACUGGGAGUGAAACUCUUUUGAAGUAUUUGAAGUGCUUCCGGGAAAUACAAUCGCCGGAAAAUUUACCCGCUGUCUUACCUAAAACGAAAGGCGAAGGCCUGCCGUAUGCUCCAGAAGGGUUCCCCGGACCCGAGGACAAGUGGAUUUGGAAGGUUGGGAAGAGGACGAAUUCCAAAGGCUACUUGAAUGACAGGAUGCUGAUUUUGCCGAAAUCUUUGCAAAAAGGCCAGAAGAAGAUCUUGUUUACCAGCAAGGGCGCCGUGGAAAAGUAUAUGAGGAAAUUCUUUCCAGAGGUCGAUCUGCAGACAUUUUUUGCUUCAUUUGUCUGGCCAAUGCGGCUCGCUGUUCAGCCCAAGAAUAAUGGCGGGGAAGAGAUGAUUGGUUCUUCUGCAAAGCGUCUGAGAAAUUCAGACAUUAGUGUUCAUGGAAGGACACCUGGCAUGAGGGUUUGUAAUGCUGGUAAUGCAAAGUGCUGCUUGGAAACUGGAAAAGGAAAAUUUUCUAAAUCCAUGGAUUGUGACAUAUGCUGUGUUGAGCAUGGCUUUUGCCGUGAAUGCUCUUGUAUUCUUUGUGGCAAGUGUGUUGAUCAUGAUUUGGAUGAGUAUUACUUUAUCCAGUGCCAAGAGAAGCUGAGUGAAGAGUUCAUUUGUGGGCAUGUAGCCCACAUGGAAUGUGCUAUUAUUUGUCAGACAGGAGGAGUUGUGAGGAGUAUUGGUUUAGAUGUUGAGUAUUAUUGUAGGCGCUGCGACAAGAAAACAGAUCUACUGAAGCAUGUUUUAGGUUUGAUUACCACACCAGGAUCUGGCAAAUUGAGGUCAGAUGUUGAAAAAAGUUUGAAUUUAGCUCUACGUCUUAUUCAAGGUACACAGCAGGCGAGGUGCAAAAGCCUUGAGAAUUUUAUACUGAAAGGUGUAAAGAAGCUUCAGAGUGGAGCAGAACUACAAGAUAUCUUUGGGGAUGCCCAAUAUAAUUCAGGGACAGUGAAUGCGGGUGAAAUUUUACAUCAAGCGAAUUCUCCUGUUUGUACCAUUGGCGACAUGAACGAAGGAUCUGAAGUAAUAUCCAAGAGUCUAUUUUCAUCAAGCAUAAGGCGUUCUUGUCGUCUGCAAACAAGAAGUUCUACACCUGAUGUAUUUUCCAAAAAGGAGAGUGCAUAUAUUUUCGAUCAAUUCCAUCAAAAAGAAUCUAUUUCAGAAGAUAUUAGCACAACUUCUGAUUUGCAAAAUAUACCUGCUAAGUUUAGAAUUUUAGAAUUUGAGAACAAGAUUUACCAGGCCCUUAACAUCUUACGACAGUCUCAGGAAAGAGAAUACAAGAUUGCACAAGAGAAACUAUUUGCUCAGAGAGACUUGGUUCUCGCUCUAUUCCAACAAGUGGAUGAGGCAAACAGUAAAUACAAAAAGAAUACCGCUUCCAUUGAAAAAGCUGCUCAGAAAGAACAUGAAAAACUCGUGCAUAUGCUGGGAAUUGCAGAUGGGUUUGGCAGCACCUCAACAGGGUUCCUUAAUGGUUCUUUACAAUGAUAUGAGGGGGUUAUUACAAAUUCUAUAAAUAUGUGUAUUUAUUUUAAUUUUCCUUCCUCCUAGGGAAAAGAAGUUUUGUUCUUGUAUAGAGGCAGCCGUUCUUUUGUUAACAACCUACAUGAAUCAAAAGGGAAUCACAAUGUCAGCAAAUGUUGAUAAGUUUUGAUCCGAUUUUCUUUGCAUGAGCAAAUUUGGAGUAUGCUACUGAAUCAGCAGCAGUUCAGGAUUUGAUAAAUUGUUUAUUCAUUUUCCGGCUAUGAUUGCCGACUUGCUUAUAGGCACUGGACAAUACAAAACCAUUCUUUUGGAUAACUUAAUUAUUUGUCACAUACAUGCUAGUUGCAGUGUUGCAUUCUAUGCAAGUUUACGUGUGUGUUA